UAGAAAAAUGGCCACACAGCUGAUUUGUAUAGAAAGUUGUGUACUUAUGAAAUAAUAGAUCUAGAUUAGAUUCUAGGUGUCUAUAAUCUAUAGAAUAAUAGAUCUACAAGUGGACAUUAACUACUCUAUCUAGAUCUUCGUGGACUGUCUACCCAUUCAAACCGAUAUGGAAUCUGAGGCACAUCAGUUUGAAAAUGUGAAACAUAAACAACUUCUACUUUCUAAGUCAAUUGAAGACAGGCAGAUUGACAACAGUAAAACCAUCAUUGAGGAACUGGCAAGCUUUCAUAGUCAGUGUCCUCAUUCGCUGAACUGGUAUCUAUAUCCACACCCUCACUCCUCUCCACUGUUACACGCUAUUGUGAAAGGACAGCAAGAAAUAGCCCUUCACCUUUUAAAAUAUGGCUGUGAUCCUCACACAGACAGCGGCCUGCACACAUUUUCAACAAUAAAAACUUCUGAGACAAAAAUGUCCAAAUCACUUUUCCGUGUAUUGGAGAAACCAGGGUUUGAAAAAGUAUUUUUUAAAAUACUCGAAAAGGCAGAUAAGCUGACGGUAGACAAAAAUGGUGAUACUGUUUUACAUAUCAUAGCAAAAAGGAAGCUUUGUUCUAUGUUUGAAGUUGUACUCACUUCGAGGUGGCUGUUAAAGAUGACCAAACAUGCUAAUAAUCAGGGUUAUCUUCCUUUGCAUCUGGCUGCCAAUUCAAACUUUGUUCAAUUUUUUCAAAUAUUAUACCAGUCACUUUCUCCUACAGAGGUAUUCGGUUCCAGUUUAUAUUGUGAUGAGGAGCAAGAAAAUUUACUUAAUCAAAGUUUUGAUCUUGCGGGUUAUAUUACAGAAGCUGCUGUGGGUAUCAAUACCCAGGCCCUGGUAAAAAAAACUACAGCCUUACAUCUGGCUGCCAGUGAAAGAUCUCUGCAAAUGGUCCAAAUACUCCUGAAACUAGGAGCUGAUGUCAAUGCAUCUGAUGAAGCGGGAAAAACUCCACUUGUUGAAUGUCUUGACCAAAGAGGGGAAAGAAAUGUUAUAGCUUCCUCUUUGUUUGACAUUUAUCAGGUUUGCAAAGUUCUGCUUCAGGCCGGAGCGAAUGUAAAUGUCAAGAGCACAAUCAGAUACUCAGAGCGCCGUUCAAUGGCUAAUGAUGAUACUCUGUCUCCCUUGCAUCUGGCUGCAGGGAUAGGUUCUAAGGAUGUUGUGGAGAUACUUCUUAACAAUGGAGCCAAUCCAUGUCAGCUUAGUGGAGACAUUGGGAAGAUUCCAGUACAGUUUGCAUUAGAACAAGGCCACAAUGAGGCUGCUUUAGUCCUUCUCAAUGAUGAACUUUAUCCCAGUGGUUUUUUAGCUUCUCACUUAGACUAUGCUUUUAAUUCUCUACUUCACUAUGCUGACAGAUGCAGCUCAGAGGUAAUCAAAAAACUAAUUGAUCUGUCAUGUCCACUGGACAGGCCAAAUGUCAACCACCUUCGUCCACUUGACAAAGCUAUUUCUAGUAGAAAUAUCAGCUUUGUAGAACUUCUUUUGAAUGUUCAACCUUCUAUUGUCAAUGUUCAUGUUUACCAAGAUCCAAAUGCUUACCCACCACUUCAUUUAGCCGCCAGUUCUGGUAAUGUUCCAUUGUGUCAGCUUCUUUUAUCCCAUGGAGCAGACAUUUAUGCUAGACCUUAUGGCAAGCACAGGGCAUACAGGAAGGCCUUCAAGUUCAAUCGCUAUGACAUUGCAGUUCUUUUGUGUGAGCAAAUGUCUAGACCUUUUUCACUUUUGGAAAGAGAAGAGUUAAUCCUCCAGGAGCAAACCCUUCAGUGUGUGAAACCAGAUUUGGCUGUGAGGCUUAGAACAAGACUAGAUGAAGUUCCAACAUUAGUUUUGACUUGUCUUGAUGUGAUAAGAAAUGUAUUUAUAAGAACACAUCUUAGCUUUAAAAAUAUUCACUUGUUGCCUGUUCCAGAAACUGUCAUUAAGGCUUUAAAAUAUCAAAAUUUGAAAACUGAUUACUGAUUUUUUUUUUUAAUAAAUAAGUGUAAUUGGUAAACCUUAAGCUUCCUUAUACCUAAAGCUUCCUUAAAAAAUUAUGAUUAACUUAAUGUAUAUGAUGAAGUAUGAUGAAGUUUAAAAAAACAUUUCUUAUCUUGAAAUAAGACUGAGUUAAAGUCUUAAGUUUAUGUGAUAAAAGAUUCCUGUUCUACCUAUUUUUACAGUUAGCUAGGAGAAAUAACACAGCCAUCUACAAAUGUUGACAGUUUAUCUUUUACCCUCCUAAUAAAUGCUUUUUUUUUCCAAGCAUUUUUCCACAUUGUGAUACUUGUAGAAAUAUUUGGCUAUGGCACCCAGUUUCCCUGAAUAAAAACUACCAUUAUAUCAAUCUGAAUAACUGAUCUCAUAUUAAAAUAUAUAUUCUGUUUUUAGUAAUAUUAAUAUUUUUUAUUUUAUUGUCAGACUUCUAUAAGGACUUUCAUUUUUUACAUCCUGAUAUUUCAAAUUGACUGCUUUAAUAUAAUGUCAAAUAUUAUACCAGUCUCUUUCUCCCGCGGAGGUAUUCGGUUUCAGUUUAUUUUGUGAUGAGGAGCAAGAAUAUUAACUUAAUCAAAGUUUUGAUCUUGUGGGUAAUAUUACAGAAGCUGCUGUGGGUAUCAAUACCCAGGCUCUGGUAAAAAAAACAACUAAAGCUUUACAUCUAGCUGCAAAUGGAUGGCUGCUUGGUCAUGUGGUUUGCGCGCUGGGCUGUCGUUCGGACUUACCAAUGGUCCUGGGUUCAAACCCUGCUGGCUCCCAUCCCCCGUCAUUCUGUGGGAGGUUUGGACUAGAAAGUAAAUUAUCUUCAACUCAGAAGGAACAUCCGAUACAUGUAAAACAUUUUACAAAAAAAUUUGUAAUUAAAAUUAUAUUAGUCUAAUGAGAAUAUUAAGAUAAAUGUAUCUAGCACCAAUCCAAGUAAAAAAAACCAACUCUCACCAUACCCCUAUUAUAGUUAAUAAAAAAAAAGUUUUUCGCAAACUUUUUGCCCUUAUCCUUAAAUCACAACAUUAACAGUUAAUAUUGAAUAUACAUAUAUUGGUCCAGUUGUAGGCACUGACAAGCCCAGUACAUAUAUAUAGAAACAUUUGAGCAUGUAUUCUUGGUAAUGCAUGAAUAAGGUAUAUAAUAUAUGAUUAUUUGCAAUGUUUGUUCUGUAUACUUAAUCAAACAUAUUAGAUAAAAAUGAGCUUGUCUUAUCUAUCUGCUUCCUCUUCAUCUUAGGUAGUUUAUCAAACAUUUGAAAAAAGUUUUUUUUAAUAUGACCUCUAAGUAAGGUUCAAAGCUUACAUAAUUUAUAUAAUUUGACUUUUUCAUACUUUUUACUGACAAAAAUGUAAUUUUCCAACAUAGAAAAUCUUUAUUAGUGUCUUUAAGUUAACUUAGGAUUAGUAUAAAUCUAUAUGCAGUAAGUCUACACACACACA